UGUCCUCCUGUUUUCUUCGCUUGUUCCUUGCAGAGUCUGCGGGGAAGGUCUCCCCGCCGUCCAUGGCGGCGGUCGCGGUCUUCCUCUCGGGCUUCCUCCUCGGCCUUCUCUUUCUCUCUCUCGCGGAGGGGGCGGCGCUCGUCUGGGCCCUCCGCACCCUGCGCCGCCGCGGCCCAAGGCCUCCGGAGGCCGCAACCGCCGCCGUACAGCUCUCCGGCGACCGGCCGUUAACCACCGAGAAGCAGGGUUUUCUAUGGAUGCUAGAGCCACAAAAGAUGCCAAAUGUUAGCAGCAGCAACCAAUUGCCUAAUGGGGUUCAGAAAGACACCAAGGAUAAAAAGAACAUUGUCGAGGUUUUCCCUAUAAGGAUGUUGGCUAAAAUUGAUGGCCACUCGCUUAUCUUGUCGGGCCCUGAUGGUUCUCGGAUAACCAUUGAGCUUAUGAAUUGCUCAGCUGUUGCUGUUUCUGCCUCUAAUCUACCGUCACGUAAAUGGGCUAAAAGGUAUCCAAUAAAACUUGAAAGCAAGGGAUCUGAGAUUUGCAAGGGGAGCAAGGUAUGUUAUCUUUAUGUGGACACGUCUUGGGAGAAAGAAUCAUGGUGCAAAGCACUUCGUCUUGCAUCUUCUACAGAUAAAGAGAAACUAAACUUGCGUGCCAGGCUGAGUGAAGAGUUCAGAAGUUACAUAUCCUCACUAAAUGCUGGAUACCCUUGUUUCCUGAAAUCCUCGGCACUUAAUGCCGAGGAUCAUGCAAUUAUGGACAAGGUAGUAAAGUCUGAUGGGUCGUCUAAAGUUCGCCUUCUCCUGAAAAAAUUGGCCAGGAAGGCAUCUGGAAAAUCUCCCCAAGUGACUAGAACAAGCUCAAUCUCAGCGCAAGCAGAAAGAAACGGGUGGGAUAAAAUCCGCAGCAACCGUGGUUCCUCACUGAUUGAUGCGCCAGAAGAAAGGUCCAGCAGUAGUUCAUCAUCACAAGGCACAAAUCAACCCAGUACACCUAGUUCUGAUUUCGGCCACAGCAAUGUGUUCUCAGAUUCCCCUGAUGCAAAUAUAGAUGAAAAGUGUGCCGACGGAGGUACACUUUGUUGGAACCUCCUAAUCUCUCGGUUCUUUUUUGAUGCUAAAAUGAGUGAUGAGAUAAGAAAGGCCAUUAAAGCACGCAUUCAGCGAACAUUGUCAAACAUGAGAACUGCAGCCUACAUUGGUGAAAUUACACUUACUGAUCUCAGUCUUGGAGAGCUUCCACCAUAUUUGCGUAGGAUGAGAGUCCUUCCAAGAGAUUUAAAUGAACUGUGGGCUUUUGAAGUUGAUUUUGAAUAUUGUAGUGGAAUAGUACUGCAUAUUGAAGCAAGACUUGAGGUUCAGGAACCAGAGCUGCAAAAAGACAUAAUGAAAACUACUCUAGGAGCGGAUUCUAAUGGGAGUAUAGAUUCAGAAUUGAUGGAGAAUAUUGAGCAUUACGGCAACCAAUUUAGAUCUCCGCAACUUUUGGCUCCUGUAGUGGAGGAUGAAGAUGACACAGACGUGUUAAGGCGGUCAAAGAGUACUGGGUGGACAUCAGCAUAUACAUCAAGGUGGAAAAAUAUAUUACAUUCAAUAACUGACCAUGUCUCUCAGGUGCCGUUUUCAUUGGCAAUUAAAAUCACGUCUGUUCGUGGGACUCUGCGCAUACAAAUAAAGCCCCCUCCUUCUGAUCAAAUCUGGUAUGGAUUUACCUCAAUGCCAGAGCUUGAAUGGGAACUGGAGUCUUCUGUCGGGGACAGAAAGAUCACCAACAGCCACAUUGCAUCGCUUAUCAGCAACAGAAUCAAGGCUGCGCUUCAUCAAAGCUUGGUGCUGCCGAAUUGUGAAAGUAUUCCCAUGUCAUGGAUGGUAUCGGAGAAGGAUGACUGGGUACCUCGCAAAGUUGCACCCUUUAUAUGGCUGAAUCGUGAACCCCCUGAGGCUGUAAAACAGAAUGCAGACACGGGUACAGUCCGGCCUGACGAUGUUGUGGCGCUAAAGGUCAGUGCCAACAACAAAGCUAUAAAAUCAAGUCCACCUGCUCCUUCAACUAGAAUCGGAGAUGAAGCACUGAAGAACGUGAUAUCCGCUCUAAGGCCGAACCAAGAACCUGCAGCAGUAGUAUCAACCAGCUUCUGUUCUUCACUACCUUCUGAAACUGAACCUUCCAACGAAUUGAUGACGCCGCUGCUGACCACCAGAAACUUUGAUCAGGAAGGUGCAUCUGAAAAUGCAGUAGGCUCUUCUCUUCAGCUUGCGGUGGUGGUACCUAGAGGGGAGCAGUCGUCAUCAUCUGCCUCUCCUAGAGGGUAUGAUGUCAAGAGGAAAGGCAGUAAGCGAGCUUUGGUGAUGGGUUUGGGAAGGAGGAUGGGUGAUAAGUUGGAAGAGAAGAGGCGGCUUAUCGUCGAAAAGAUGAAGAAGGAAAAUGCUGAAAAGGAGCAAUAGCUUGGAGACAAUACAUAGUUAGAAGUAUGUCCGAAAGUUCAUCUGUUGCCAGAAAAUGACGAGCAUUAAAAGAUGGAUUCUGUACAGUCUGGGGUUCUGUCCCAGCAAACUUUACUUCGGUAUAUAUCUGGCUAGUACUCCUAGCAAGAAGUGGGAGUGUUUGCAAUUGCAUAAAUAAAUGUAUUUAAUAUCACUGUACAGGUAUGGAAGAAAAUGAAGAAAGUGUUGUAUGUAUCAUAUAGGUACUGACAGAAUAUAGAAGGAAAAUAAAUGAUGAGUAGAAGAUGUCAUAAUUGUGAGUGCUAAA